AUGAUGACAUCACACGGCAAGCUGAGGAGGGAGAAGGGCAGUCUGGCCGAGUAUGAAUCCCAGAUGAAAGCCACUAGUGAUCUUCCGAUCAAGUGCUACGCACCCACGAAGGAAGAAAUACACAGCGCAAUCAAGCAAUUGAAGAACGGCAAGUCUGCAGGUCCCGACAGCAUACCGGCAGAAGCGCUGAAGGCUGACGUCGAUACUUGUGUAGAGCUAUUCUACCCGCUCUUCAUCAAGAUAUGGGAAGAAGAAGAGAUACCAGCAGAGUGGAAAGAGGGAUAUCUCAUCAAGCUCCCAAAGAAAGGUGACCUCAGUUCAUGCUCCAACUACAGGGGAAUAACGCUGUUGUCCAUACCAGGAAAAGUGUUUAACCCGCAUCUUCGUGACCAACAAGCCGGCUUCCGAAAAGAGAGAUCGUGCACGGACCAGAUCGCAACCCUGCGCAUCAUUCUGGAACAAUCCUUGGAAUGGAAUUCGCCCAUGUACGUCAACUUCAUCGACUACAAAAAAGCGUUCGACAGCGUGGACCGGCAAUCCCUAUGGAAACUACUGAGACACUACGGUGUGCCAGAAAAGAUCACCAACAUCAUCAGGAAAUCUUACGAAGAGAUGACCUGUAGAAUCGUCCAUGGCAGACAGCUCACUGACGCCUUUGGAGUGAGAACCGGAGUGAGGCAAGGCUGCUUACUCUCACCUUGCCUAUUCUUGCUGGCCAUAGACUGGGUAAUGAAGACUUCGACAAACCAGAUGCGAAAUGGAAUCCAGUGGACACUCUGGGAACAGUUAGAUGAUCUAGACUUUGCUGACGAUUUGGCCCUUCUCUCCCACACCCAUCAACAGAUGCAGGAAAAGACCAGCAGGGUAGCAAACAACUCCGCUAGACUGGGCCUCCACAUCAACAGAGGGAAGAGCAAGGUGUUUAAGAUCAAUGCAUCCAACAACACACCCAUCACAGUCCAAGGCGAGGCGCUGGAGGAGGUAGACAGCUUUACAUAUCUCGGCAGCAUCCUGGAUAAAUAUGGGGGAACGGAUGAAGAUGUCAGAACCCGCAUCGGUAAAGCGCGAACAGCCUUCCAACAGCUGAAGAAUAUCUGGGGAUCCAGCACAAUUAGCAUCACCACCAAGAUCAGGCUCUUCAAUACCAUCGUGAAGCCAAUACUCCUCUAUGGAGCAGACACCUGGAGAACCACUGUGGUCACCAUAAAGAGAAUCCAGGUCUUCAUUAACUCCUGCCUCAGGAAGAUCCUCAAAAUCCGAUGGCCAGAAAAGAUAUCCAAUGAAGAAUUAUGGACGAAAACGAACCAGCAGCCCGUUGACGAAGCUAUCCUUCAGAGACGCUGGCGAUGGAUAGGUCACACCCUCCGCAAGUCCGCGUCCAGUAUAACUAGACAAUCUCUCACCUGGAAUCCUCAAGGAAAGAGGAAGAGAGGGCGACCUAGAAACACCUGGCGCCGAGAUCUGGACGCAGAUGUCAAGCAGAUGGGAAAGACGUGGGGGCAGCUGGAGAGACUCGCCCAGAACCGAGAUGCCUGGAGGAAGCUGGUCGGCGGCCUAUGUCCCAAACGGGACCACAGGCGAAGAUGA